AUAAAUCAUAGGAUCAAAUUGAAUUCCAAACUAGACAAAUAAAACAAUAAUUAGGAUUCCGACGAAUAGUAAUUAGGAUUCCGACGAAUAGUAAGUAGCACAUGUGUGAGUCUUAAAUAGUGGGGAGUGGGCAACGCAACGUUACAGCUAUAUUGCAAAACGCGCUUCUUCCCCAUCCAACUAAUCUUAAUGGCUCCUUUCAUUUCAUCCCCUUUGUCUCUCCUCACUUUCUUACUCCUCCUCCUCCUCCUCUUCCUCUCCUCCGCCGCCUCCCACCACCUCAAGCUCCCCCUUCUCCACCUCAACCCUUACCCUCCCACCCCCUCCGACGCCCUCUCCGCCGACAACCACCGCCUCUCCUUCCUCUUCUCCGCCUCCCGCAAACACCCCCGCCCCCGCCUCCCCGUCACCUCCGCCGCCUCCUUCGGCUCCGGCCAGUAUCUCGUCUCCCUCCACCUCGGCACCCCUCCGCAGCCCCUUCUCCUCAUCGCCGACACUGGCAGCGACCUCACCUGGGUCUCCUGCUCCGCCUGCCGCCGCCAUUGCUCCCCCAACUCCGCCCCCUUCCGCCCCCGCCGCUCUGCCACCUUUUGUCCCCACCACUGCUACAAUCCGGCCUGUAACCUCGUCCCCCACCCCAAAAACUCCCCGCACUGCAACCGCACGCGCCUCCACAGCACGUGUCGUUACCAGUAUUCCUACGCCGACGGCUCAGUCACCACCGGAUUCUUCUCGACUGAAACGACGUCGUUCAACGCCACCGCCGGUAAAAUAUUGAAGUUCCAGCAUUUCAACUUCGGAUGCGGGUUUUGGAACUCGGGCCCUAGCCUCUCCGGCCCAAGUUUCAAUGGGGGUGAUGGUGUUUUGGGCCUGGGCCGCGGCCCGAUCUCGUUUACCUCACAAUUGGGUCGAGAUUUCGGGCACAAAUUUUCCUACUGUUUAAUGGAUUACACACUCUCCCCGCCGCCGACGAGCUACCUCCUCAUCGGCGCCGGAAAAUCCAAAUUGAGCUACGCUCCAUUGCUAGUCAAUCCUCUCGCACCAACAUUCUACUACAUUAAGAUCGAAAGCGUAUCAAUUGACGAUGUGAAAUUACGAAUUACCCCCUCAAUUUGGGCAAUCGAUGAGUACGGAAACGGAGGAACCGUCGUCGAUUCCGGCACCACCUUAACUUUUCUACCGGAGCCGGCGUAUCGCACGAUCCUAGCCGUGUUCGAGCGGCUGGUGAAGCUGCCGGAGUCGGCUAAUCCGGUGCCGGGGUUCGAUUUGUGCCUGAACGUGUCGUCGGGUGUGCCGAGGGCGAGUCUGCCGCAGCUGAGUUUCAAACUAGGCGGCGGCGCGGUUUUCAAGCCUCCGCCACGGAACUACUUCCUCGACGCGGCGGAGGACGUGAAGUGCCUGGGUUUGCAGCCGGUGACGACGGACUCGGGGUUCGCGGUGAUCGGGAACUUGAUGCAGCAAGGUUACACCUUCGAAUUCGACAAGGAUCGAUCGCGGCUCGGCUUCACGCGGCGCGGCUGUUCUGCGCCGCCGUGAAGUUGCGAUCGGGUAAUGUUUUAGUGUGGUUUAAUUUAUUUUAGAUGAUGAUUUGGAAAAAAGGGAAAUCUGAUUAGAUUUGGGGCAGGUGACAGGUGAGGUGUUUCAUUUAUUUAAAUUUUGUGGUGUGUUUUUAUGUGUGACAUAAAAAACAGGCAAUGUGCAGAUGAAAAAGCUGUCUCGAAUACUACUGUGUCUUGAUAUGUGAUUAUUCAAAUUUGGGGUUUGUUCUGGAUUUUAUUGAAACUCACUCCUAAUUCGCUUUUUAA